GAAUGGAACAUUUGAUAUAAACUAUUCCGUAAGGUAAGGUUAGCGGUCGGUGAUGUCGUGAAAAUCGGUAUUUUCUUCAGUCCUAAAUCAUUGCUGUAACAGUCAAGAAGUGAGCUAACUUUUCUCUCUAUUUGAUUUUAUUGUUUCGAAAAGAAAAAUUGUUGCAACGGGAAUGUGUGUUUAGAGGAACUAAAUUUUGAUUUUUUGUUAAAAUUGAUUAAGCCAACUUUUUAUCGAAAAGUGCUCAACUGAGAUAAAUAAGUAAAUAAAUUCAGACAAAAGCAAUUAGUGACAAAAUGCAGUUCAAUAUUUUCCUACUAGUGCUGAUAGUGAGCGUACAACAAUAUCGGUGUGAUAGUAAAGAUGGAUUUAUGGGAACAGCCGAACUUGUUCAAUCUGGAAGAAGGAGUCGUCUAAGUCGUGACUUCGCGUCUCAACGUCUCGACAAAGGUGUUAAAUUGUCGGACGAAACGAUGCGCGAAUACGGCCAACUAUUGCAAAUGGAUACGAAAAACUUUUCCGAUCAACAGAAAGUGUUGCUGGAGAAAAUCGUUGAACGAGUGGCCCGACUAGGUGGUGCCAAUAUACAGGCAACCAAUGUCACCAUCGAUGCCAAUGAAAACGAAGGAAGAGGCAACAAAAAUCGUUUAAAGAAAAAUUCACACAACAAAAAUCAGUCGGCGCCAACCACGAAGGCUGCAAUUAAACACGACCAACACGAUGGCAACGGUAAAUUAACGGUAAAGCAUAAUAUUCCAUCCAAGAUAAACGAUUCGCCAAUGAUAAAGAUGCAAGUGAAUAUUAAAAAUAAUGACGGUGCAAUGAAGGCUAAUGUUACGGAUGUUAUGUUCGGUAAUAUAACGACUUCGUCGAUUGUGGAUAGCUUAUCGUCGGAUAAUGCACGAGAGGAUAUUCAGAUGAAGAAACGUCCCGUUGGAGCUGCUGUUAUUGAUAAGACAAAAGUUAAGAAAGAACCACCCGGAGCAGCCAAGCCCACUAAAUACCAUUAUUAUCCACACAAUCAACAUAUUUAUUUAUUGCCAGAAUGUGCCAUACAACAGGUAUGCAAUGCAGUUUACGUGCGGCUGAAUUACACACAACCAUUAUGCGCUUGUCCAUCAAGAUACAGAGAUCCAUGUUCAGCGAGUAUAAACGAAGAUGAUUUGCACACAACAAAAUUGACUGGUGAUGGAAACAAAAAAGCCAUCACACUGGCAAAAACAUGUGAAUCAACGUCUGAAAUGAGAGAAUGUCGAUCACCCAGAGAUUGGUCAUUGUUGGCGCUACAGAAUACACGAACGGGAAAGUCACACUAUCUGGUCAUAUGCAGAUGUCCGGAUGAUUACAUUUUGGAAGGCCCAAUGGCUCACGAUCAACCGACAUAUGCCAGUGUCCCAGGCAUUCGAGUAUUCGGAAUGAUGUGCGUCAAACCGAAUUCAGUGUCAACCCGAACGCCAGCGUAUCAACCAGCGAAACAGAAUCCAUACCGUCAACCACCGGCGGCCUAUCAACCAACAACGUCUUAUCAACCGCAAAGUUACCAUCAAAAUCAAUACCAAUCAAACUAUCAAUAUUUACAUCGAACGGAUAACUCCAGAACGACAUCACCACGCACAACGUAUCAUCGUGAUCAAGUUACCAUCCAACAGUAUGAUGAUGCUUAUGGCCGAACGGCAGAUGCUAGCAUCGAGGCGAGCAGUGACGUUCCCCAAGUACAAAAUAGCAAUUAAGUGGGAAUAAUAAAUAGAUUCGUUCAAUCAAUUAAUUUUUAAACGAAUUGAGAGAGAAAAUACACGAGAUAGAGACUAAAGUGAUAUUUUUUGUCGUAAAGAAAGAAAAUUUAAGAUUUAAGAUUUUAAUUAAAGAGGUAACCGUCCCAGUUAGCUUUUAGAUAAUUAAUUAUUUAUUUCUAUUUAUAAAUUCCGACACGUAAAAUAAAAAUAAUUUUUUAAAGA